AUGGCUGUCAAAUCGCCAGCAGUCGAGGGUCUUAUCCUUCUAAGCGUCAGUUUGCUUGUCAUUGCUCUCCGGUUUUACGUGCGGACAGAGGCUGUCGGAUGGAGAAGACUUGCAGCUCAUGACCAUCUGAUGAUUUUGAUAGUGGUUGCAUAUUCAGCUCUAAUAGCUACUCUGUACUUUUCAAUAGUUCAUUGCCAUGGUCUCGCCAAUAGCUACAUGGCGGAAGAAGAGCGUAUAUCGCUGGAUCCCGAAAGCGAUGAAUAUUCAUGA